AUGCCCUAUAGGAGCGGGUUUAAUUUCCUUGCCGACCCUUGGCUGGCGUCUGUCUCCUGGCCUUGGACCUCGAAGCCUGCUGGCUCCGAGCUCUCCCUGACGUCUGUGUGUCUGUCCGUCUGUCCAGGCCUCUGUCACUCUCUACGUUCAGCCUCCUUUACUCAGGCCUUGCCUCAGGUACCAGCAUCUGGAGGAGGCAGAGGGGAAAGCCCAGUGGGUCAGAACCAGAGCAGGGAGCGGCGCCAGCAGCUUGCCCAGGGCGUGGCCCGCCUGCGUGGGGAGCUGCAGCAGCUGGACCUGCAGAUGGGAGACAGCCCAGAGCGAGAGGUCUCCCUGGAGGCGGCCCAGGAGCGGAUCCGUGACGCCCAGCGCCGCUCCCUGCUGCUCAAGGCCUAUGCGGCCCGCCUGGCCAAGGAACGCCAGCAGCUGCAGGGCAGCGUAGCACAGCUGAGGGGGCGGCUGGAGCAGCUGAAGGACAUCAGCAGAAAGGCCAAGGUGGAGCUGACGGUGGGAGGGAAGCUGCCUGACCUCGGAUUUGCUGGCUUGGAGCCUGAAGUACUGGACAUGGUGGGUUCCCACCCUCCCAACCAUGUCCAGGCAGCCCUGGAGCACCUGGCCCUGGAGAACACCCUGCAGAUGCAGGAGCUCACCAGCCGCAUUGACAUUCCCCGCGACGUAGAGGCCCUCAAGGCGGUGCUGGAGCUGGAGCUGCGGGCUGUGCGGCUGGCAGGGCUGCGGGAUGGGCUGCGUCGAGGCUGCCAGGAACUGGAGCAGGAGGCAAGUGCCCGCCAUGCGGAGCUGCAGGCCUUGCAGAGCAAGCGUCAGCGCAUUCUGGACUUCCGCCACCUGGUGCGCGAAAAGCAGCAGCAGGUCCGGGCGCUGAUCAAAGGCACCUCCUACAUCAAAUGCCAGCUCCACAAGGACCAGGCCGAGGUCCAGGCCUUCGUGCAGAGGAAGCUGCUGGGCCCGGAACAGGACGUGACCCUGGAGUCGCAGCGGCUGCACGGGGGGGUGGAGCGCGAGGUCCGGCAGCUGGGGGCCAUCGCCCUCCCCUGCCUGCUGCACCGCAGCCUCCCGGGGUCCCAGCAGGUCCCGGCCCACGAGCUCUCCAUCCAUCGGCUGGACCGGACGGGGCUCGCCCAGCACCGGGCCUUCCUCACUGUGUGCCAGGCUGCCGGCUUCCCUCUCUACAAGGCCCCGGAGCACCUCCUGCCCCACAUGGCUGAGCUGAAGAAGGAGCUGCUGGCCCUGCGUGCCCAGCUGAGUUACAAGAGCCAGGCGCUAGCCAGCCUGCAGCAGCGCCAGGGGACCGACGUGCAAGUCCUGCUGCAGGCCCUGCGGGACCACGACCGGGAGCAGGCCGGAGCCCUGGGGCCGCGGAUCCAGCUGGUGACCGAGCAGUGCGAGCGCCGCAUGGAGCGCUGGCCUGAGGUGCAGGCCACAAUCGACGCCUGGUGGGAGCAGCCGGGGCAGUUCUCCCUGCCGGCGGAGCACCGCCAGGGCCUCACCUUGCAGCAGUGGCUGGAGCGCUGGACCCUGGCCCUCAAGACCCUCCAGCAGCACAGCUGGGCCUGAUGGCCCUGUCCUGCCUGGGAGGGGCUCGGGGAGCCUCCGCCCCCAAAGGGGUGCAGUUGUAGGUAGCCACACCCAUGUUAGGGAAGGAGUGUGGGUGGGACGCGCCUAUCUGGGGUGGAGUUAUUGGGGGCCUAACCCAGCUGUCCCCUC